ACCAGGAAUGUCAGAUGAAAGACGGAUUCCCAACCUGUGUUGACAAAAAACCAUCGGGCAUCUGCUGGGCGAUGGGCGACCCCCACUACCGCACGUUCGACGGCCGUAAAUUCAACUUCAUGGGCACCUGCACCUACAUCAUUGCCAAGAACUGUCAGGCCAAUGAUGGCCUGCCCCCUUUCCAGGUUGAGACCAAGAACGAGAACCGUGGAAACAUCCGGGUCUCAUACGUGGGCCUGGUCACAGUUAAGGUCUACGGAAUCACCAUCACGGUGGCCCGCUCCGAGAAUGGACUUGUUAGGGUUGACUACAGCCUCUACAGACUCCCGGUGGUCCUGGAGCACGAUAAGUUGAAGCUGUUCCAGAGGGGCCGGACUGUGGUGAUCGAAACAGAUUUUGGCUUGACGGUGCAGUAUGACUGGGAGUCUUAUGUGGUGGUCACCCUUUCUGGUACCUUUGCUGGCAAGGUGUGUGGCCUGUGUGGCAACUUCAAUGGCAACUCCAAAGAUGACUUUGCCACGCCCGGCGGCUCCCAGGCGCCCAAUGCGGUCGACUUUGGCCGCAGCUGGAAGGUUCCAGGCCUCGACAGUGACGCGCUCUGCCGAGACGAAUGCUCGGGACAGUGCGAGAAGUGCGAACACAGCCUGCUGAAGCGCUGGGAGGGCAAGGCCUUCUGUGGCCUCAUCACGCUCCUUGUGGACGGGCCCUUCCAUUUGUGCCACGCCUCCAUCGACCCGCACAUCUACUUUGACAACUGCGUGUACGACGUGUGCAUGGGCGACGGGCUGAAGCACUUCCUGUGCCAGGCUCUGGAGGGCUACACCAGUGCCUGCCAGGCGGCCGGAAUCAAAGUGUUCGACUGGAGGAAGCUUGCCCAUUGCCCUGCCAAGUGUCCGGCACACAGCCACUACGAGCUGUGUGGGCCCGCCUGCCCAGCCACCUGUGCGGACCCCACUGCCCCCUCCAAAUGCCGGGCCCGCUGUGUGGAGAGCUGCACCUGUGAUGCUGGCUACGUUCUGAGCGGGGGCAAAUGCAUACCCUCGCGGAGCUGCGGCUGCCCUUACGAGGGCCGGCAUGUCCCGCCCGGAGAGUCCUUCUGGGGCGACAAAGCCUGCCACAAACGGUGCUACUGCAACCCCGUCAACAACCAGGUGCACUGCAAGGACACCAGCUGCAAGGCUGGGCAGCUGUGCCAGGUGGUGAAGGGCAUUAGGGACUGCCACCCCGUCUCCCACAGCACCUGUUCCGCUACAGGAGACCCCCACUACCUCACCUUUGACGGGCGUCGCUACAACUUCCAGGGCACCUGCGUGUACCAGCUGGUGGGCGUCUGCUCCAAAGACCCUGACCUUGUGCCCUUCGAGGUGCUGGUGCAGAACGACUUCCGGGGCAGCAGGGUGGUAUCAUACACCAAGCUGGUGGAGGUCAAAGUGUACGGCCUGAGCAUCGACAUCAGCAGGGGGAACAGAGGGAAAGUCCUGGUAAAUGGAGAGCUCACCCACUUGCCAGUGUACCUGGAAGAUGGCAAGGUGUACAUCUACAAGAGCGGCUGGUACGCAGUGGUCAAGACCAACUUUGGGCUGAAGGUGUCGUUUGACUGGAACAGCGCCGUCCACGUCACCCUCCCCAGCACCUACAGGGAUGCCGUGUGCGGCCUGUGCGGCAACUACAACGGCAAAAAACAGGAUGACCUGACGGAGAAAGGCGGCAAGGUCACGGCCAGCGCCAUCGAUUUUGGCAAGAGCUGGCGCUUGGCGGAGAUCCCAGGCUGCAUCCACGGCUGCAAGGGUGCCUGCCCCGACUGCGACAUCACACAGAAGCGGCAGUACGAAACCAACGCUUUCUGCGGCCUCCUGCGUGACCCCAAGGGGCCCUUCCGCGACUGCCACACCAAGGUGGACCCCGCCGGGGCUUUUGAGGACUGUGUCUACGACGUCUGCCUCUACAAGGGCCGGAAGGAUGUGCUGUGCAAGGCCAUCACCGACUACACCACAGCCUGCCAGGAGAGUGGGGCCAAGGUCUACCCCUGGCGCUCUGAAAAGUUCUGCCCUACCAAAUGCCAAUCGAACAGCCACUAUGAGGUGUGCAGCACUGGCUGCCCAACCACCUGUCAGAGCCUAUCCCCACCCCUGGGCUGCGAUUCGCUGUGCCAGGAGGGCUGUACCUGUAAUGAGGGCUUCAUCCUGAGCGGAGACCGCUGCGUGCCCUUCUCCCAGUGCGGCUGUGCCUACAGCGACCGCUACUACCGCAUCGGCGAUGUCUUCUACCCCAACGGGAAGUGCAACGAGGAGUGCACCUGUACGAAGGACGGAGAGGUGGUGUGCAAGGAGUUCUCCUGCGGGCCCAACGAGAAGUGUGAGGUGGCGGAAGGGGUACGGAAGUGCCAGCCCGUGGGCUCAGGAGUUUGCGUGGCAUCCGGCGACCCCCACUACACCUCCUUCGACGGGCGUCACUUCGACUUCCAGGGAACCUGCACCUACACGCUGGCCAAGGGCUGCGGCCUGGAGGGAACACACCUGGUGGCCUUCUCCGUGCAGGUGCAGAACGAGAGGUGGACACCGGCCUGGUGGAAGAGGGUGUCCGUCACUGAGCUGGUGGCCGUUGAGGUCUACGGCUACACGCUGAUCAUGCGGGAGAACACUCCGGGCGUUCUGGUCAAUGGUGUGUUGAACAAUCUACCACUGAAUCUGAAUGACGGGGAGGUGGUGGUCUACCAGGAGGGCAAACACUACACCCUGAAGACCAAAUUUGGCCUCAUCGUGACCUACGACCUUGUGUACCAUGUCACUGUCACCGUCCCGGGCAACUACCGCGGGAAGACCUGUGGCCUGUGCGGCAACUUCAAUGGAAACAAGAAUGACGAGUACCGCCUACCCAAUGGAAGGCUCAGCAAGGACGUCAACGCCUUCGGGGCUGCGUGGAAGGUGGCCAUCCCAGGGGUGGUCUGCGACGACGGCUGCUCUGGCAACAAGUGCCCCAAGUGCGACCCCAAGCAGAAGGCCAUCUUCCAGAAGCCCAGCUACUGCGGCAUCCUCAGCGAUCCCAAGGGGCCCUUCGCCGCCUGCCACGCCAAGCUGGACCCUGAACCCUACUACGCUGACUGCAUCUUCGACAUCUGCACGUCCAACGGCGACCGCAAGGUGCUGUGCGACAGUGCCGCGUCCUACGCGCUCAACUGCCACAUCGCCGGCGUCGACGUCAAGAGCUGGAGGAGCCCCUCCUUCUGCCGUAAGCGUGACCGCGCCUGA